AAGCCCUGAAUGGCUUAAAAAAAAGGCGUGCAGAAACAACCAUGACUAGAGUUUUCACUUAUUGUGAUAAACUACGCUUUCUAGCCUGCCUUAUCUUGUAUUUUCAGCUAGCUUCGUCACAAAAAAGUGCUUUUGCUUCUGCCAAUUCCACUGAAGUAGAAGCACUUCUCAAAUGGAAGGCUAGCUUUCAAAACCAAACCCAAAACAACCUGACCUCAUGGAUUAAUGCAAAUGAAGCCCCAUGCAAUAAUUGGAUUGGCGUUUCAUGCAACUCAGCUGGAAGCGUCAACAAAUUAAACCUCACCAAUUCUGGUAUACAAGGUACUCUACUUGAAUUUCCAUUCAUAUCCUUGUCUAAUCUCUCAUACGUUGAUCUAAGCCUCAAUAAACUUUUUGAUCAAAUCCCACCUCAAAUCGGUUCCCUCACCAAACUCAUCUAUUUUGAUGUAUCUUACAAUCAAAUGUCUGGAAAAAUCCCACCCGAAAUUGGUCUUCUAACAAAUCUUCAAGUCCUUCACCUCAAUGCAAAUAAGUUCAAUGGCACAAUUCCUCAAGAAAUAGGCCAACUUAAAUUUGUCUAUGAGCUAGCUCUAAACUUAAACAAUUUAGAGGGUUCAAUUCCAACUUCUGUGGGUAAUUUGAGCCAAUUGACUUCUUUGUUUCUCUUUGGAAACCAACUUUCUGGUUCUAUUCCUCCCGAAAUAGGAAACCUUUCGAACUUGGUUAAACUUUACCUAUUUGACACCUAUGUAUCAGGUCCAAUCCCUUUGAGUUUCGGAAACCUGAAAAAUCUAACCAUCUUGAUGUUGUACAACAAUACCCUUUCUGGUUCUAUCCCAACUUCUUUUGGCAAUUUGACAAACCUUGUUUAUCUCUCUGUCUACAGUAAUAAACUUUCCGGCACUAUUCCCGAAGAGAUUGGAAACUUGAAAUUUGUUGAGCAUGUACACCUAGCUGCUAACCGAUUUUCUGGUUAUUUGCCUCGUGAUAUUUGUAGUGGUGGAUUGCUACAAAGGUUUACUGCAGAAAACAACGAAUUUACAGGUCCAAUCCCGAAAAGCUUGAAAGGUUGCAAGAGCUUAGUCAGAGUUCGUCUUCAAGGGAACCAACUCAAAAGCAACAUAUCUGAAGACUUUGGUGUCUAUCCGAAUCUUCAGUUUGUAGACCUAAGCAACAACAACUUAUAUGGGGAAAUCUCAAACAUCUGGGGACAGUGUCCAAACUUAACAACCCUACGUUUUGCGGGGAACAACCUUACUGGUAGCAUACCAUCUGAGAUUGCCAAUGCAACUAAAAUUCAAGAACUCGAUUUUUCUUCGAAUCAUCUGGUUGGGGUGGUUCCCAAGGAUUUGGGGAGAUUGACUACUUUGGUGAAUCUAAAGUUGAAUGGCAAUCAACUUUUGGGUUCUAUACCCUCAGAAUUUGGAGCAUUCACUCAACUCGAAUAUCUUGACUUGUCCACCAACAAGUUGAAUGGCUCAAUUCCAAGCAUUUUUGGCGAAUUGUCAAGAAAUUCCAUUUCAGUUGGGGAAGUUAUUUCACCUGUCACAGUUAGAUUUAAGUCGUAA